UUGUCUCCUUCCUUCAUAUUCUCUCUCUCCCGUACAAACUCCCCAUAGUCCGGCACAACCCCAAGUUUUCAGAACGACCGGCCACCGCGUGCGGCAAUUCUCACGGCCAAAUUAGGUGCUCCCCACCCCCAACAUCAUGUAUGGAAGUUUCAACAGUGGCUCAUUCAUGACCGAGCAUGACGAUAAUGGAAGCUCGCCAGAGAACAGCAUCGGUGAGUCGCCACCGCCAUCUAGCAGGUUCGGCGACACGAUGAAGACCGGCCGCGCGGCGCCGUCUCCUAAGAGGAGUAGGAGAGGUGUGCAGAAGAGAGUGGUUUCGAUCCCGAUCAAGGAUACGGAAGGGUCUCGGCUCAAGGGCGAGGGCGCGCCACCGCCGUCCGACUCGUGGGCAUGGAGGAAGUACGGCCAAAAGCCCAUCAAGGGCUCUCCAUAUCCGAGGGCAUAUUAUAGGUGUAGUAGUUCAAAGGGAUGCCCGGCCCGGAAACAGGUAGAGCGAAGCCGGGACGACCCCACCAUGCUUCUCAUCACCUACUCUUGCGACCACAACCACCCUUGGCCUGCACCCAAGAACAGCCACCACCAUCACAAUCACCAGAACUCAGCCGCCGCCGUGGCCAGCGCCGUCGAGGACAAGCCCGAAAUGGCCGCCAAUCUACCCGACCCAGAAGCCGAGCCCGAGCCCGAGCCCGAAGAAAAGUUCCCAGAUAUGAGCGAGGAAUCGGUGCUCAUGUCCGCCGCGGACGAGUUCAGCUGGUUCAUGGACAUGCCGACCACGUCGUCCACGAUCCUGGAGAGCCCCAUUUUUGCCGAGAGCGGCAACAACGGCCCCACCACCGGCAAGGGCGCCGCGAGGGACGCUGACGUGGCCAUGUUUUUCCCAAUGAGAGAAGAGGAUGAGUCGCUUUUCGCCGAUCUGGGCGAGCUGCCGGAGUGCUCAGUGGUCUUUAGGCACCGCCGGAGCGGUGGAUUGAGCACCCAAGUUCAGAUCUGCUGACUCUUCUUUUUCCCUAAAUUAAUCUUAAUCCCACUUGUAUUUGUAUUUUCCACACACUCUUUUUUUUUUCUAAUUUUUUUUCUCCUUCUUGCUUAAUUUAUUGCUUAUGGAUAAAUGAGAAAA